UUAACCACAACAAAUUAUUAUGGGUACACGUGUACCACCGCCCUGUCCCACACCCGGCUGUGAUGGCCAAUUUAUGGCCGGCCUACCUCAACUCAUUGAUGAUUUGCAACGUCUGUCCGAAGAUCAAGAUAGCGCCGAUGUGGUCUUCAUAUGCGGCCGUGAAGAGGAACGCAUCUAUGCCCAUCGCAUUAUAAUGAUGGCACGUUGCAAAAGUUUCAAGAACAACAAACGCGGUGAACUUUGUCGCAUACCCGGCUGCACAGUGCUGCCAGCAACGCCGGGUUCACCAACAUCAGUACGCCUGCCACAUGUCCAUCCGGAAGUGUUUCGACAAUUUAUACUCUAUGUUUACACAGCUAAGAUUUUAUUGCAAGACUCUCGGGUCUUUGAGAUGAUGACAUUGGCUCAGGAUAUGGGCUGCUGUGAAUUGCGUUCGGCCUGUGAAGAUCAUGUCAUAGCAACACUGUCAGUGGACAAUGCAUGUACUUUCCUGACAGCUGUUAUGGAAAUUCAUGAGAAGGCGGGUGCAAAAUGUGCUGCCUCCUUUAUGGAACGUUGCAUUAUCUAUAUUGGCGAGAAUGCCCGAGAGUGUGUAAAAACUAAUGCCUUUCUAAACCUCAAAAAGGAAGCUCUUAUCAAACUGAUAUCAUCGGAUUAUUUCUGUUUGGAGGAAGAAGAUGUGUGGCGUUGUGUUUUGGCCUGGGCCAAAAAUCAGGCUGGUGUCACUCAACCUUCACACACCCAUUGGACGGAGGAGGAACGUGCCCGGGUGUGUCAACAUUUACAAGGUGUCAUAUGUCAUGUACGCUUGCUUCUAAUUGAUAGUCAAGUAUUUGCCGAGGAGGUAGAACCGACGGGAGCUGUUCCCAUGGAGCUAUCAUUGGAACGUUAUCGCUAUGCUGCUUUGCAAAAUUCCAAUAAAACGGCGACAUAUGCUGGAGGUGGAGGUGGAGGAGGGUCUGCUACAAAUGGUGUUGGUAGUGCGUUUAAUAGUUUAUCGGGAAGUGGUUUAAAUUUCUCGGCAAAUAAAAGUGAAACGGAUAAGAGGUUACAGCCUCGGCUGAUGGUUAACAUGUUUCCCGGAUCGCAGAUACUGAGAAAUGAGAAGCUGCAUUUGCAAAGUGUUUUGAAUAAUUGGUUUGGUGCUCCCAAACAAUCCUGGCGCUUGUUGUAUCGUGCCUCCACCCAUGGUUUUAAUUCGAAUGCCUUUCAUCGUUAUUGUGACGGAGUGGCUCCUUGUAUGGUUAUAUGUUUGGGUUCACAUGGUGAAAUAAGUGGCGGCUUUACAGAUGUGGCUUGGGCCAAAACAUCACGCAAGGGCGUUUAUAUACACUCUGAGAGGGCAUUUUUGUUUGCCCUGAAUCCUGGAGGCUCGGAACAGCCCUUGAAGUUUGAUAUUGUCAAGAAACCCUAUGCCAUAUGUUAUCAUCCUGAUUGUGGUCCCAUUUUUGGUGCUGGCGCAGAUUUGUUGAUAGCCAAUAAUUGUAACAGUAACAAGGAUUCCUAUUCGAAUUUGCCACAUUCGUAUGAUGGUCCUAGUGCUUCCUAUGAAACCCUAUUCGGGGAUUAUAAUUUUACCAUAGCCGAUUAUGAGGUUUUCACAACGGCAUAA